AUGGACCGGAUUCUGGAGGACCUGUUUGCAUCUGCCUCUGCUGCAGCCAAGACCGCCCCCGGACCCAAUCUAGAGGAGGCCCUUGGUGAAUUUAGGACCACGGCUCAGCGUAUGAGGGAUGAGAGAAUGAAGAUCUUCAGUGAAUGUGGGGCCAAAUUAGAUCAGUGCAAGGUGCCGUGCCGUAGAAACCGGUUGCUGGAGACCUUCAUUGACACUUGGCAAAGGAGGCUGGCUGAAGGCAAUAAUAUUUCUGGUACGUUAAUCUUUAACUUCAAUUGA